AGGCAGCUCCAGGCGGAAGAGGAAGUGAAGAUGACGGUCCAUAAUCUGUACAUUUUCGACCGAAAUGGAAACUGUCUGUUUUAUAACGAGUGGAACAGGAAAAAGCACGCGGGCAUCUCCAAAGACGAGGAGUUCAAACUCAUGUACGGGAUGCUGUUCUCCAUCAGAUCCUUCGUCAGUAAAAUGUCUCCCCUCGACAUGAAGGACGGGUUCCUUUCGUUCCAGACGAGUAAAUACAGACUUCAUUUCUACGAGACGCCGAGUGGACUCAAGUUUGUCCUGAACACGGAUCUGUCUGUGUCCAACGCCCGGGACACGCUCCAGCAGAUCUACAGCAGCCUGUAUGUGGAGCACAUCGUGAAGAACCCGCUCUGUGCUGUGGGACAGACUCUGGAGUCUGAACUCUUCUCCUCCAAACUCGACGCCUUCAUCAAAGCUCUGCCCUACUACAGCCCCCGAGCCGCCUAGUGCGCCUCCUCCUCUGCUCCUCCUCUGCUCCUCCUCUGCUCCUCUGCCCCUCCUCUGCUCCUCCUCUGCUCCUCUACCCCUCCUCUGCCCCUCCUCCGCACCUCCUCUGCUCCUCCUCUGCUCCUCUGACCUUCCUCCUCUGCCCCUCCUCCUCUGCUCCUCUGCUCCUCUGCUGCUCCUCUCCUCCUCCUCUGCUCCUCCUCUGCUCCUCUGAAUUGUUGUUUUGUUGUAAACUUGAGUGACUUUAUUUAUACAAGUUGUUGAAUAAAUC